UAGUUAGUGCAGCCAUUGAUAUUUCCGGUUUAACGAGACACACGUGGUUGAUGUAAACAGAACAUAAUGUCAGACAGAAAUCACAACAAACUGCCAAACAAUCUCCCUCAGCUGCAAAACUUGAUAAAACGUGAUCCAAACUCAUACAGAGAAGAGUUUUUGCAACAAUAUCGUCACUUCCAGUCAAAUUUGCAAAUCUUCCAAUUGAAACCAUCAGAAUAUUCCAAAACAUUAGAAGAAUUAGUUUUGUUUCUGUCUCAAGUUUCAGGACUCUUUCCAGAAGACUCAUCAGAUUUUCCACAACAACUGUGGGAUGUCCUGAAAGUACAUUCAACAGUUCUCGACAGGAAUAUGAGAAUGUCAUUUUGCAGAGCUCUUAUUCUACUGAGAAAUAAAGGUACAAUUCAAGCAACCAAGCUUCUGGAACUGUUUUUUGGACUAUUUCGUUGUCAAGAUAAAGUUCUACGGAAGACAUUAUACUCAUAUAUUGUCACUGAUAUUAAAAACGUCAAUUCCAAACAUAAGAAUAUGAAAUUAAACUCGACAUUACAGAAUUUUAUGUAUACCAUGUUAAAAGACAGUAAUCCUAUAGCAGCUAAGAUGUCAUUGGAUGUAAUGAUAGAACUGUACAGAAGGAAUAUUUGGCGAGAUGCCAAAACUGUAAAUGUUAUAACCACUGCUUGUUUCUCUAAAGUUACAAAGAUGUUGGUGGCUGCCCUGAAGUUUUUCAUAGGACAUGAUAAUGAAAAACCUGAUGAUGACGAAAGUGAAAGUGAAGAUGAGUACACCAAGAAAAAAGAAACACAGAACUUACUAUUGGGUCAUAGAGUUGCAAAAAAGACCAAGAAAAGACAGAAGAAACUAGACAGAGCUCUUGGUGUUUUAAAGAAAAACAAGAAGAAAAAGAAGACAGUUGAAGUGUUUAAUUUCUCAGCAUUGCAUCUAGUACAUGAUCCCCAAGAUUUUUCUGAGAAGUUAUUCCGACAAUUAGAAAGCACUACAGAGAGAUUUGAAGUUAAGAUAAUGAUGAUGGACCUUAUAUCAAGACUGAUUGGUGUUCAUCAGUUAUUCCUGUUAAACUUUUAUCCUUAUAUUCAGAGGUUUUUACAACCUCAUCAAAGAGAAGUAACAAAGUUACUGUUGUUUGCAGCACAGUCUAGUCAUGAAUUAGUGCCUCCUGAUGUAUUGGAAAGUGUACUUUUAACAAUAGCAAACAACUUCAUUAGUGACAGAAAUUCUAGUGAUGUCAUGGGAGUAGGAUUAAAUGCUGUCAGGGAAAUAUGUAAUAGAUGCCCAUUAUCACUGUCAGAAACUUUACUUAAAGAUUUAACAGAAUACAAGACACAUAAAAAUAAAACUGUUAUGGUUGCAGCCAGAUCAUUAAUUACAUUGUACAGAAAAGCUAAUCCAGAGUUACUGCGUAAAAAGGAUAAGGGUAAACCUACAGAAUAUAUGAAAGAACACAUAACACGAAAAUAUGCAGAGCCUGACACAAAGGAUUAUAUACCAGGGGCUGAAAUAUUAGGGGAAGAGGAACAGAAAAAAGAGGAUGAUUGGGAUUCCGGUAGUGAAGAAGAGGCUAGUGAUGGUGAUGAUGACGACGAAUGGGUAGAUAUACAUCAUUCUUCAGACGAAGAAGAUAUGGAUACUAGUUUAAACAUGGAUCCUGAAGAAGAAAAGAAGAAAGCUCAGGCUGUAUCCUCCAGUCGUAUUCUUUCUCAGGAAGAAUUCCAGCAGAUACAGAAAAGACAAGCAACAAAGGAAGUACAAGCAGCCUCUAAAGCGAGAGGAAAGAAGAGAAAAAAUGUACCGUCUGAUGAUGAAGAGCAACAAAGUGGAGAAUUAGUAAACUUAUCAGCUAUAGAGAUGGUUCAUAAGAAGAAAGCUCAUGAUAAAGCAUCACGUCUGGAAACAGUUAUGGCUGGAAGGAAAGAUAGAGGAACGUUUACUGGAGGUCCACAGAAAAUGAAUCCUAAUGCUAGCACUUCAAAUAAACAGAAAAGGAAAAACAAGGCCUUUAUGAUGGUCAAACACAAAGUACAAAGGAAAAAAGGAAAAAGAUCAUUCAAAGACAAACAGAUUGCUUUACGGGAUUCAUUACUGAAAAGACACAAGGCAAGAAGAUAAAAGAAUUAAAACAGUUUUAAUUUUAAAAGACAUAAAAUUUAUUAUUAAAGUAUGGUAAACAAA